GUGGUCUUACCAUUGGAAAUGGAUGCUGUUCUUACUUUGGGUGAUAUAUCCUGGCAGCAAUGGGUCUCACUUUCGCGGGGCUAUGAUUUUCUGGAAGCAGAGUAAGGAUGGCACCGCGAUUGACGUGGACUACCGUGAGUCGUGGCGACGGACGUCCCAGAGUCCCAUGUGUAACGACACCGUCAUUGCCGAACAGUGGAUAACCACGAAUUCAGAGGGCUUCUUAGAGGAAUUGGUCACGCCUACCUUGACCAACCUUUACAGUUUCAACCUUAAUUCUGGUUUCUCUGAGGAGUUUUUGUACACGUGCACUGAUUACAGCCUGCUGGAGGACUGGCAGACAGGAAGGGGCCACAUCCGGUUUCCGCUCAAUUCUACCAACAACAAAUCAUUUUACACAUUUGAGUUUAACGGUUGUUGUUGGAUCGACACGCUGGUAGAGGGGGCUAGCUCGAGCUGGAAGGUCCAGAUGACGGUCAACACGUCCGUCCGUGCAGACACCGGUCGCAUGAACGCCUCUCCGCGGAUAGACUUUCCACCCCUUGUUCGUUUGAAAUAUGGAUGUAGCCACACUAUAAGACUUCCGGUAAUGGACGCAGACGGUGACGCGGUGCGGUGCCGGUGGGCGCGGCAGACCGAGAGUGAUGGCGUCUCCCGCUCGUUUUCGAGGGCAGUUCUACAUGAGGGUUGGUAUCCGGUUGCCAUACAGAUAGAGGACUUCAAUCCCCGGGCGGCACCAGGGGCCAUCAGCAGCGUACCGCUCCAGUUCCUUGUAUCCAUCGAGGGAGACUUCACCAACUGCACGGUGUUUGAGCACGAGCGCCCCCAGUUUGUAAACUUCACUCUCCCGGAUAUGGCCUGUAUAGGCGUGACCAACCAAUCUGACUUUACCACGGAUAUCUACAUUCAGAGUGGCGCUAAAAACCAAAUAUCUGAAGUGAAGACAGUGUCACCGCUGGGUCUGGUGAAGUCCGCUCUGCAGCAGACGGCGCUUGAUGGCCACUGGCACGUGCAAGUCACAUGGAACCCCGAUCACGCAGACUCCGUCGACAAUGUCUUUUGCUUCACCGCUGUGGACGAUAACGGGAUGUCAAGUGAACAAAGGUGUAUAACUCUGCUAGCUGGAGUUCCAGCAGCGGAGGCGAUUCCCGGCUCCCAAUCGCCCAAUGAUCAAGUGGUCCCCGUCACCCAGCACCAGUGGACCGUCGUUUUCAACCGCCCCGACCUUGCGCCCACGAGACCAGCUUACAUGUACCUGUACCUCGCAAACGGGACUUUAGUUGAGCAGAUUGACGUCGCGUCCGCUUCCGGUGUGACAUACUCUCACGUGACCAACAACACGCGGCUCCAAUUCCAAACCACCGCCAGGCUGUCCCCCGGGCAACAAUAUUACUUCCUCUUAGGACAAGGUUUGGUGCAAGGAAAAGACUACUGCGGCGCGGACUCGAAACCCGUGAUGGAUCCAACCUUCUGGCGAUUCUCCGUGGGUUCGUACUCUACACUUCCGAGAUGUAUUUCAUUUUACAGAAAUCCAUCUGGUAGACCUUUCUUAAAGUGA